AUAAUGUGAGACUAAAUAAAAUGGUAUAACUAUUUACUCCAUUUUUUUUUCACGUAGAAACUACGUAUAUUAAAUCACUCGUACAGCUUAUGUUUUCAUUGACUGAUCAAUCAAUCAGUCCCACUCGUAAAUUUUACAUCCACAACUUGCCCAUCCAUCCUUCCUUCUUCUUCUUCUUUGGCCUAUAAAUACCUAAACUUGAGCUACCAUUUUGCUCAUCAAAUUGACCUCCAUUUUCUUUACACUUUCAACCCUUUUAGGUAAUCUACUCGAAUUUUCAAUUCAUUUAGUUCACUAGUCCUAGAUAACAAGCUAGUAGACUAAUACUCUCAACAAAAAUCCAGAAAAAAAUGGCCGGAAUUGAAGGUCAGAAAAUUAUCAACCUCCCUUAUACCUCCUCCACCCCCUCGAGUGCUAAUAAUAUGAUCACUCUCAAAACUCACAAAAUCAGCUUCUUUGCCCAAAUUUUCUGCCGGGUUCUGGUCACCGGCGCCGCCGUCGCCGCCACAUGGAUCAUUCUCACCAGCAAGCAAACCGUUGUUAUAUUUGGGAUGACCGUUGAUGCUCGUUACAGCUAUUCUUCCGCAUUCAAAUUCUUUGCCUAUGUUAAUCUCAUCGUCUCCGGGUUCACAGCCUUAUCUUGUUUCCUUCUUAUCAUCAUUGGAAACAAAGCUUUCACCACCAAGAAGUAUUUCUGCUUAUUUCUCCAUGAUUUGAAUAUGACGACAUUGUUGAUGGCAGCAUGCGCAGCUGCGACUUCAUUUGGAAUGAUUGGACAGCAUGGAAAUGAACAUGCUGGUUGGAUGCCUAUUUGUGAUCAUUUCCACAAGUACUGUGGAAGAGUUAGCAUUUCUAUUGCACUCUCUUACUUUAGCGUGGUCCUCUACCUCAUCCUCACAAUCAUGUCCGCAUAUAGUUCCAGAUAGACACAGAAUCACUUGCGUUGAUUUGAGAGAGAGAAAUCGAGCCGUGAAAAUCUGAUGAUCGGUAAUGUCUUAUGCGUUCAUUUUAGCAGAAGACGGAAAAGAGAAUUUUAAGUUGAUCAAUUUGAAGCUCCUAUUGUUGUGUUGGCUAGCUUAGCUGGUGAAAGGUGUUAUGAGAUAUGCAUUUAAUCUAGUAGUAGUUUCCAUGUUUGUAAUUUUGCUUCUUACGUUUGGAAUUUCUUAGUAAAGGUAGAGAGUACUACGGAUGAAAUUAUGAAUUAUUUCACAAUCAUAUGUUACUUCCACUUUUGUUAUUUUUCCUUUUGUGAUUUUUUUCUUCCUGGAUUGAUGUGAGAAUAUCUUUGUAAUUCAAGGAGUUACAUUUGAAGUAAAUUUAAAACUAUAUUGGCAA